CGCAGUGUAAACAGCUGGGCCUGAAGCAUCCCACGCCGGUGCAGCAGAACUGCGUCCCCGCCAUUCUGGAGGGCUCCUUCUGUCCGAGGUGGCAGCUAGCUGGUCCAGUGAAAAGAGACCUGGAGUGAGAAUCAAGAGACCACCUAGAUUUCACUUGAUGGGAUGCUUGGCGGUGCUGCAGAAUUCCUGGGGUACCUGGAAAAGUUAUUUCCCCUAUGGAAGGUCGAGACUGCAUGGGAUGUGCAAAGACUGGCAGUGGCAAGACCGCUGCAUUUGUUCUGCCUAUUCUGCAGAAAUUGUCUGAAGACCCUUAUGGCAUUUUCUGUCUUGUACUAACACCCACCAGGGAACUGGCCUAUCAAAUUGCCGAGCAGUUCCGUGUUCUUGGGAAGCCAUUGGGCCUGAAGGAAUGUAUCAUUGUUGGGGGAAUGGAUAUGGUAGCUCAGGCCCUGGAACUGUCCCGUAAACCCCAUGUGGUCAUUGCGACACCAGGCCGUCUGGCUGAUCACCUCCGAAGCUCCAGUACCUUUAACAUUAAGAAGAUCCGCUUUUUGGUGAUGGAUGAAGCUGACCGGCUUCUGGAGCAGGGCUGCACAGACUUCACCAAAGACUUGGAAGUGAUCUUUGAUGCCGCACCAACCCAGCGACAGACACUCCUCUUCAGCGCCACCCUCACUGACACGUUAAAGGUUCUCCAGGGAAUCGCUGCUAAUAAGCCCUUUUUCUGGGAGGCCCAGACCGAGGUCCGCACAGUGGAGCAGCUGGACCAGCGCUACUUGCUGGUGCCUGAGAAAGUCAAGGACGCCUACCUUGUCCACCUGAUCCAGACCUUCCAUGAUGAACAUGCAGACUGGUCCAUCAUCAUCUUCACCAGCACAUGCAAGACUUGCCAGAUAUUGAACAUGAUGCUGAGGAAAUUCAACUUUCCUUCUGUUGCACUCCAUUCCAUGAUGAAGCAGAAAGCUCGUUUUGCUGCUUUGGCCAAAUUCAAGUCUAGUGUCUAUCGGAUCUUGAUUGCAACUGAUGUGGCAUCCCGAGGCUUGGAUAUUCCCACAGUGCAGGUUGUCAUUAACCACAACACCCCCGGCCUCCCUAAGAUCUACAUCCACCGAGUAGGGCGAACCGCCCGUGCAGGACGUCACGGCAUUGCCAUCACACUUGUGACUCAGUAUGACAUCCACCUACUACACGCCAUCGAGGAAGAGAUCAAGAAGAAGUUGGAUGACUUCAAUGUGGAAGAGGCCAAAGUCCUCAAAAUUCUCACCCAGGUCAACGUGGUCCGAAGAGAGUGCGAGAUUAAACUGGAAGCCACAGACUUUGAUGAGAAGAAAGAGAUCAAUAAGAGGAAGCAACUGAUCCUAGAGGGGAAGGACCCAGACCUGGAGGCCAAGAGGAAGGCAGAGCUGGCCAAGAUCCGGCAAAAGAAUAAGCAGUUUAAGGAUAGAGUGAUGCAGACAAUGCAGAGGCGGGUGGCCUUGAAAAUGAAGAGGAAACAGCAGCAGCAGGAGCAGCAGCAGCAGGAGCAGGACCAGAAGCAGCAGCAGCAGAAACAGAAGAAGCUGAAGCAGAAACUGAAGCAGCGCAAGCAGCAGCUGCUGCUGCCACCAACAACCAAGGGCAAGAAAUGAGGACCCACUUUCAGACCUGCCCAGAGCAGGUUCUGGGACCAGGACACCCCCCACCCCUCCUUUGCACAAUGAUGGGAUGGGGCCAGGCAGCUAAAGGGUGCCUGGAUCCCCUGCAGGUGUUGCUUUUGACCAGCUUACAAUAAAAAGUAUUGAUUUGUA